UGUUUUAAAUAAUUGGGCGGAUUUUGAGUAGUUUUAAUUUUGGGCAAAAAAAAAGUAGCUGGCUAACUACGGAAAGCGGUUAGGGUUAAUCUUAUAAACGGAACAAUGCAAAAUCAAACGUCCAACUGGCAGUUCGAAACACCACAGCAGGAGGAGGGCUGGCUGAACCAACUGAGUGAGAUGAGAGAUGAAAACGACUGUUUGUUAAAACUGCUUGCUGAAAAAGACAUUCAACUCAAACGCAUGAAGAAUAAAUUGGAUGAUGAGCGUGUGCUGGCCUUGGCGGGUGCAGCGGGCAUCGCAGGCGACAUGGCUGCUGUCAAGAUCGUGGAGUUGUCCAAGAAGAACCGAGAGUUGACAUCUGAAGUUGAGCGAGAGAAGUCUAAAUCCAAACAAAGCAGCAAUAGAAUCAAGGACCUUGACAAUCAGCUACAGGCUGCUCUGUUCUCACUAUCAGGGCAAAAGAUUGAUGUCAAUAUGCUGAAGGGGGAAAAUCCAGCGAUGAAGUCUCUGAAGGACAAAUUAUCUGCCGCCCAGCUCAAAGUCACCGAGCAUCGCAAUCAGAUUCAGUUUCUGAAGCAAGAAUUGAAACUGGCUCAGAAGGUUUUGGUGAAUGAAGUUGGAGAAGAUGCCAAUAUUCAACAGUUACUGAGCGCUGCGGGGAGCUUUCGAGGACGUGCGCAGCAGAUCCUGGCUCUCCAAUCAAGGGUGCGUGAUCUUGAGCAGCAGCUGAAGAAAGCGAUGACUCGAGGGUCAAACGUGGAAAACACGGAAGAGGAAACUUCUAAAACGUCAACUCAGGAUAAAAACAUCAACCUCAUCCGCACAAUGGAGAAAGAGAAGAAGGAAGCAUUUGAGAGGAUCUUGACCGGCUAUGAAGCCCUUCAGAAGCAACAGGAAGAUAUGAAAAAGAAGCUGGAAGCCUCCAAGGCCAGAAUCAAAUGUCUGACUGAGGAGAAGGCAGCACAGAUAUCCGCCGCCCUAAUUAAAAGCAAACACGACGACGAGCUGGUGGAAGCUCUGCUGAAGGAGAAGGCCCAGAUGAAAGAGAUGCUGAAUCAGCUCACCAAACAACUUGAGGAGCAGAACGCACAGGCCCAGUCGAACUCUGCGGCGGCUGUUGUGAGCAGCGAGCGCUCCAUCCAAGAUAUGCUCAUCCAAAAUUUGUACCAAGUUGUUGCCGACAAAGAGGACACCAUCAAGGAGUUAGAGGAAAAAAUACAGCAUCUCUCAGUCAAGAAUGUGGAAACUCAAGACGAUGUCAGCACCUCUCCACCUGCACCUGAAGAGGGCGCCAUUGACGAGAAAACAUCACCACUUUCUACCUUUGCUGUCAACGGCCCGUGGUAUUUGUAGAUCAUCCGUGAGAUCGACAGCGGACCAGCCACCAGAACUGAAAUGAAGUAUCCCGCCGGUUAUAAUGACAUCGUAUGGACUCAUCCGUGGGUGAAAUGUUGCGGAACCUAGAGGGGUAAUCGUAGGUAGAACAUGAGCUGGUGCAGCUGCAAUUGGAUCGCUGAAGCGUGGUAACAUGGCGAUGUGGCCUUUUACUCCUCCUUUCCACUUCCACCUUGACAUCUGGCUUCUCUACAGAGGCCUUUAAACUUUUGGGUCCAAGUAAGUGGGAGGGGGGGCCGUACUUAUUCCGCUAGUCAUAUUAAUGGUGUGCGCGAGAUGCUAACGUCGCUGUAGGGCUGGCCGUCGAGCCGCAGGAAAAGGGAGCCACCGAGGGCAUCGCUCGGCACGGUGACCCCGCAGCUUUAAAGCUGAGGUGAUGCGACAAGUCGAGCGCGGCUUCCUGUAGGCACCGUGACAUCGCGCGGGUUAAGUCUUCCUGCGCCAGCUCAUGUCCUUACCUUCCUAUGUCGCAUGUGACAAACUGCAGCCGGCGGUAAUUCCCUCCCUCCCACCUUCACGUUUGCUCCUUGUCCUCUUUGACCUCCUUGCACUCCUUGCCAAUGUUCCACCACCACUCGAGCGUGACGUUCUUAUGGCGCUUCAAAGCCCUUCAAAGGUCAACUGUGAUUGUUCUUUCCUUGGUUGACCUCUGUGCAAACACUUCAGUAGCAAAGUGGAGUCAUCAGUCACGAAAUGUGUUUUGUUUGCGCCACUCCAGAGCCAAAAAAGGGGACCGUAAUUAGUGCUGUAAUUGAAAGUGAUUUCUCAAAAGAUUUAAUAAGUCUGUAUUUGAAAAUGUACAAAAUGCAAGACAUCAUUUAAGACAAAAUUUUCCACUCAAUUGUACGUGAAUAAUGCCCUACCCUUGGAAUAUUUUUGGGGGAAAACUCAUGCAUAUGCAAUUAUAAAAAGAAAAAAGAUGUUCUCCGAAAUAGCCACCUUGAAAGUCGCAAGGCAAACUUUUACAAAAGAAAAAAAACAAAAUACAGAUUAAGGCUUCAAGGCCUUUUUGAACUAAUCAAGUGGGAAGCAGUGCUUGCUGUCGUCCAAUUUAAAGCACGGCAGAUUCUGAGCGCGGCUUCAAAAUACCGCAUCGUUUUUUCCGGAGCUUGGCAGAGAACACGGCGAGAAAGAAAAAAAGGCCCGUCCAUCCAUUGGUUUUCCUUCACCGCUUAUCCUCACUAUGCCACAAGACAAAAAUAUCAAGACGUCCAAUGAAGUCGGCCCUUGUGCGUGACAAACGAGGCCUGUGUCAAGACCCCCCCACCCCCCCAGCAUGCCCCGUUUUGCUCGGCUGCAGGUUAUCACUCACUGUUGCUGCUGCAGAUAGCGCCUGCUUCUUUACCGGCGAGCGUCUUGCUACCGUACUUUGCCAAAUAUGUAUCAAAAGUAGCAAUGUGCGUCAGAAAGGAUGUUGAUGGAGCAAAUAGUUGACAUGGUCCAGGGAAAAUGUUCAAACUAAAUACUUGUUUUUGUUGGGAGCCUGGCGUGUGCUGUCAAAUAAAUGAACAUGCCACAAAUCA